AUGGUCUAUAAACGAAACGCGAGAGCGCUCUCCGAUGAAUCUCACUGCAAGGCUGUGUUCGGCAAAUACAAUCAUUCUGUAUCUCGAGCGCAGCUGUAUGGUCAGCUCGGUGUCAAGUCCAAUCAAUGUGGUGUUCUGAAGUGCAGACCUCAAAAUGCAGACCUUGUUUCAAUAUACGAAGUACAACUAUUUCUUUUCCUAGCGUCAUCCCAUAGGGAAAUUUGGACCCCAACUCAGAUCAUACAAGAAGCUAGCGCUCCUCCCUAUAGCACUGCCUCGAACGCGAUCACAAAGGCUGUACAAACCCCAUCACUCAAUUCUCACGUAAACCACAUGUCAGUCAUCCAAGCGAAGCCCACUGUCCGUCUACCACCACCAAGCCCAUCAAAUCACAACCACAGCUAUUCUUACAUCUCACCACCUCCAACAGCGCAGCCAAAUGCUCGACCUCCGCCCUCCAAUUGGCCGGCUCCCACACGCAAGAGCUCGCCAUGUUUCUGUUUCAAGAAGACAAACAGGCCUAGCGACCGCCGAUGCACCCACACCAAAUCCUUUUCACGAUGUGCAGGCUGCCGUAAGACGGCACACCCUCUUUUCAUACCUCCCCAAAGCGGACAACGACGUCUCUCCUCGUAG